UCCAGGCCCAAUAUGUUGGGCCCAAUGCGUCGUGUAUCUGUCAAUUCAUACAAUACAACCCCCAUGUCUCCAUUCAGGCAUCCACCCAGGCAACCGCAGAGGAGAAUCAUCGCAAACAGAGAGCAUACAGAAUGAGGAAGUUCGAUCCAUGGCCAGUUUUCUUCAAGAGGGAGUUCAAUCGCAACUGGCCGUUCCUCGUCGGUUUCGCUAUCACCGGAACCAUCAUCACUAAGUUUUCCCUCAGCCUUACUGAGGAAGACAGGAAAAACUCCGUCUUUGCCCAAAGACACAAGAGUUGAAGAGGCUCCAUUCUGGGUGAUUUCAUCAUGCUGUGGUAAUGAUGAAAGUAUUGGAGCAUUGGUUUAUUUAGUUUCCAGUAGUAAUAAAGAUCUAAGAUUGCAGCUUAAUAUGCAUCAGGAUAAAAUAUUUCUUGUAUUUGAACGAGUAAGACUGAUUGGUUUUUGUUUUUAAAAUUGUUCUUAAAAGACUUCAUCAGAAAUGUAUACAGUUAAUAACAAAGUUAAAGUGCACAACAUGUGUCAUGUAUUGUGUUGCUAUGAAAUUUAAGUAUUUGGGCAGCUUUUGUUUC